AUGACCGGAAUCGACUUCACCGUCUUCAGAGGUUCCCUCACCGGAAAGAUAGUCGAGUCAAAAACUCACAAAGAAAGCCUCAAACCAGACGAGGUACUGCUCAAAAUCACCCAUGCUGGCCUGUGCGGUACAGACGAACAUUACAAGACAUCAGACAUGGUCCUCGGCCACGAAGGUGUUGGCGUCGUGCAGCAGGUCGGAUCGCAAGUCACCUCAUUCAAACUCACGAAUUUGAACAGUGGCGAUCGCGCUGGCUGGGGAUUCCUCCAUAAUUCGUGUGGGCACUGUGAUGAAUGCCUCAACGCAAACGAGUUUUUUUGCCCUGACAGGUCUACUUACGGAAAGGCCAACACUGACCAAGGUGCAUUCGCUACCCACGCGGUGUGGAAGGCAGCUUUCCUCUUCCAUAUCCCCGAUGCUGUCUCUUCCUCUGACGCGGCGCCGUUGAUGUGUGCCGGAGCAACGGUAUUCAACGCGAUGUAUUUGUAUAAUGUUCGGCCUGCCGACCGAGUGGGAAUCAUAGGUGUCGGUGGUCUUGGUCACAUCGCCAUCCAAUUUGCAGCGAAAAUGGGGUGCGAGGUUGUAGUUUUCUCUGGAAGCGAUCGUAAGAGGGAAGAGGCGAAGAGUUUAGGUGCAAAGGAGUUUUAUACGAGGAAUGUGAGCAAACAGGAUGUCGGGAAGCCGAUUAAGCACCUGUUCGUAACAACUUCGCAUCUCCCUGAUUGGGACCCCUUCCUCUCGAUUCUGGCGCCCAACGCUACUAUAUAUCCUAUCACUGUAUCCCAUGGGAAUUUUGUCAUGCCCUAUACGCCUAUCAUUUCAAAGGGGUUGAGAAUACAGGGAAUCUUUUGUGCAUCGCGUGGUGUCCACGCCAAGAUGCUAAGAUUUGUGGCCGUCCAUGGCAUCAAACCCAUCACCCAAGAGUUCCCACUGACGGCCGAGGGAAUCGAAGAAGCUAUGGCUAAACUCGAGAAAGGAGAGAUCAGAUAUCGAGCAGUAUUGGUGGCUGGGAGAUAGGACUAUCGGAAGGGGGCGGGAUAGAAGUAACAAAGUAUCUGUAUUAUCAUCACAAACGUACCAGAGUAUUACCGAACGAAGGUUUUAACAAACGUGCGUCUUCGAGUACAGCCAGAGAUAUCAUCCACUGCAUGCACAGUGAAUCAGGUUGCAAGAACCCCGAGAAAGUGCGUUCGUCUAAACGGGCUUGAACAUG